AUGGGAAGGUACAACCCGUCCAAGUAUCUGGAAGUGUUCUACCGAUGGCUUCCUAGCCAGGGCUCUGUCUUCGGGGCCAUCAUGCCGUUUAUGGUUGCUACGCUAGCGGUCAACGUGGUCCUCCUCGUCCUCAAGUCCGAGUUUAAGACCAAGGUCGGUCUUCCGCUCUCGGCCCACUCCAUCUUUGGAUUUCUGCUCUCGUUCCUUCUGGUGAUGCGGACGACCAUGGCAUACCAACGAUACAUGGAGGGCUACGCCGCCAUGUCGCUGAUGGUGCGGUCGGCGCGGACGGCGACGCGCGAGAUUCUAGUGGCGGGUUCGUCUGGCUCGGACGCGAGUGUAGCGCGGUGCGUCCGGUACAUCAAGGCGUAUCUGUUUGUGGCAACCAAGCAUUUGCGAUCGGAGGCGCUGGAGCUGGAAGAGGUGCCGGAUGGGCUGCUGACGGCACGCGAGACAAACUACCUUGCGCCGCGGUCGCGACGCUCGUUGCUCAUCAUCGGCUGGCUGGCCAUCGAGGUCGAGGCGCUGCACUCGAUGUCGGCCAUUUCGGACAUGCACCGGUUGCACUUGCUCAACCACCUACAGGCGCUGACGGAUGCGUUUAUGGGCGCGACGCGUGCGCGGGCCAUGUUCAUCCCGUUCCCGUUUGCGCAAGUUUUCAUCGUCUCGCUCACGCUCUAUUGCUUCUCGCUGCCUAUCGUCCUCAUUCCGAUCUUUGGCCGAUGGUCAGUGGCACUCACGGCCUUUGCCUGCUUUGUCAUCUUUGGCACUGCCGAGGUGGCGCGGCGGCUGGAGUCUGCCUUUGAGCAAUACAGCGGGUUCGAACCCAUUCCGCUCGACCUCAUCAUUACCGCCGCCUUUGACGACAUCGACGCGUAUGUGGCACAGUUUUCCGACUUUCGGCGUGGCCUCACUUUUCAUCGCAAGGCGCUGGACGAUGCCGAGGCUGUCGACGACGCGACCCGUGGGACGUGGAUUGGCCUCAACUCGCUGGCGCCCGAGGAGCUCGGCCCGCCCGGCGAGAUGACCGAGGCCGAGAACGUGGCGCUGGGCAUGGCGAUCGAGACCGACACCGUCCCGCACGAGAUCUCUGUUGCUGUCUCGGAGCUUGUCGAGCUUGACGAAGCGCUCGAGCGGGCGCGGUCGGCAGCGGGCUCAGGCAUGAGCUCAGUCAACGGAUCUGUUGCUCCAGACGAGCACGAGCAGCCGAUGGUGCCGAACGAGUCGACAAUGGAGCCGUAG